AUGCGGCAGAAGCGCGCGAAGACGUACCGCAGGCUGCUGCACCAGUACGUGCUAUACUUCAAGUUCCGCGAGCCGUUCCAGGUACUUGUGGACAAUACAUUUGCCGAGUCUCUGAUCCAGUUCCGUGUCCAGGAACCUCUUAAGCAGCUCCGAAAUGCGCUGCACGCGGAUAAAGUCAAGCCCAUGAUCACCCAAUGCUGCAUGGUUGCGCUGUACAAUGCCGAAAAAGCCGCGAAGAAAGAAGGGGAGCAAGCGCAUGCACAGGCGAAGCAGGUUGUGGCGCUCGCAAAAGAGUGGGAACGGCGCAAGUGCAAUCAUAAAGAGGCGCUCAGCCCUGCGGAGUGUCUUUACCAAGUCAUCGGCUCCGAGAACAAGCACCGCUACAUUUUAGCCGCAAACGACGUGCUGAUUCGGCGCAUGGAGCGGCGCACGGUACCCGGUCUGCCGAUCGUGCAUUAUGCGCAAAGUGUGUUGGUGUUGGAGCCCAUGAGCGACGUGACGCUACGGCAUAUCGACUAUUUGGACGCGACUAAAUCGGCCGUGUCCGAGACGGAGCGCAAGCUGCUGGACAAAAGCAAGCCGCAAAUUGAGUCUACGAGCGCGCCGAAGCGCAAGCGCACCAAAGGCCCAAAUCCACUUAGCGUCAAGAAACCAAAAAAAGCAGCGCACACCCCGCCGAUGCAGGUCGCUUCGACUGCGCCCCCAACGGCCCAGCAAACGAAACGGCGGCGUAAGAAGCGCGGGAGCGGAAAAGAAGCCGAAUCAUGA